AGCACUUCGACAUUCUUGCUGGACCUGUAGUAGUCCGAGGGGGGAAACGAGCGGUACACCUUCAACUACCCUUAUCCUCUUCUCGUCCCCUUCCUCUCUCUUUCCCCACGCUCGUGGCAGAAUCAAUCGAAGCAAAAAGCGAUAAUGGCAAUAACUCUAGGACACGCCGUGGCUGCCGUUACUACAAAAAUCGCCGGCUGUGCGAGGACGAGUGGUGACGCUGGUACCUCAGUCGCCCUUUGCCUCGUCGGAGAGAGAGGGCCGGCGAUUCCGGCUCCGCCUCUUCUUGUGGGUAGGAGAGAGGGUCUCUCCGCAUGCUUCACGGCCCUAACGCUCUCACUAGCCAGCCCGUCUCUCGCCGCCAUUCUGGAGGCGGACGACGACGAGGAGCUGCUGGAGAAGGUGAAGAUUGACCGGAAGAAGAGGCUUCAGAAGCAGGGCGUAAUAAGCUCCUCCGCCAAAGAGACAGGUUACCUCCAAGAACUUGUGUACAAGCUUAGUAAAGUGGGUAAAGCUAUUGAGAACAAUGAUUUCUCUGAAGCAAGUUCGGUGCUUGGUCCAAGUACCCGUGCAGAUUGGAUCCAAAAUGUCAAUCUUGCAUUCACCAAGCUGACAUCUAGUCCUGAGGAGAAGAAUGAGGUCGAUGCGUUCAAUUCUUCUUUGGCAUCUCUUAUUUCAUCAGUUGAUAAGCAUGACAUUGAAUCCUCCAAGUCGGCUUUUGUUCUUUCUGCUAGUGCUCUGGAGAAGUGGGUGGAAUCAACUGGUUUGGUGGGUCUACUAAAAGGCCUUUAAGUAUGAGGAAUCAAGAAGAGUCCUGUAAGCAAAUUUCUAAGUUCUGUUACUUCGGUGUAAUGAUGUUGAUUUUUUUUCUACUGAUGAAGCAUAGAGCCUUCUUUGAACUCUAUUCAAGGAUCCUAGCGAGUCUGCAAGAGCUCAAAUUUUAUGCAUUUUUUUUAGAUUGUAUUUUAGUCAAAAGAACAUUUAGUUAUAUGACUGUCUAAAUUGUUGCUUUCCAUUCUUUUUUCGGUAUGUAAUGACUGUAAAUUUUCAAAGCAAUUAAGAAAACUACUCUUUCAAUUAUGGAA